AUGACCUUGUAUUUAAUUAUUAACGUUGAAGUCGUUGCUGACACUCCAGCUACUACAGCUACGACUACUACUGCUGCUGCAACAACGACAGUUACAUCGUUUACGAAGACGAUAAUCACCUCGGCAACAUCUAGCUCUGGUACAUCGCAAGAACACCGUAAGACGAACAGUCAAAGAGAACGCAGUAUGCCUUCGUACAGCGGUUUCGAGAGACACAACGACAAUACGAGCAACAACUCGUCAUCAUCCACCAACAACAACAACAACUCCAACUGCUGCAACUGCUGCUCGACAUCGAACGCUCACAACACUUCAGUCAACUCAGACGAUUGUUGCGCCUGUUGCAAGUCACAAUGCGACCACGCCUGCGGUCGAUUCCUCAAUAACUACAGAGGUCCACUGAUCGUCGUCGCCAUCGGCAUCGGCUUCAUGGUCGUCGGAGCAGUUCCUGUGGCUGUCGCGACCGCCACACACACGAAAGGCUCGGCCAUGAUCAUCGGGGCUGGCUUCAUCGGAUUUGGAAUGUUGAUUUGCAUUCCUGGUCUCGUGUGGUGCAUCAUUCAAAAGUUAACGCAGUGCGACUACUGCUGCUGCUCCAGUAAUUCAGUUCCACAAAGACUUGAAAUCAAUAAAAGUAGAAAUCCGGAUGACGACGAUGACGACGAAGAUAAAGAGGAUGAUGACGACGACGACGAAGAGAGGGAGGUGAGCAGACAUCCGCAGGGAAGAAGUUCCGGUGGAGGUGGUGACUUCGUGGUGAACAUCAGUAGAAAGAACGAUCCCUCCCUCAAGUACAGUCAAAAAAAUUCACUCCUCGACGCCACAUCUUCAUCAGCUUCUUCCUCAUCCCGCAACGAUGACGAUGGCAAGUCGAAAGCCGCCAACCAGAUCCACCACCACCACGACAACGACCAUAUCAGUCACGGCGACAACGAUGACGUCACGAGAACUUCCGGUGACGUCAUACUAUCCAUCGAGGAUCACAAUAACGAUAAUGUUGCGCUCACUCCUAAGACAUGAGGAAGAUCACUUAUGAUGAUGGUGCUGGCGUGGCGGUGAGGAUGAAACUGAUAAUGAAAGCUACAAGAGGGAUGAUAAUAACGAUGAAUAAUAAAAUAGUAACAUGAUAUUUUGCAUCCUAUAUGUGAUGAUCACAUGGUUGGAUGGGAUCUCUUCUUUUAUGAUAAAGAAGACUAUAGAGUCAACGAUGAUGGUGGUGAUGAUUAUAGUCACGAUAUUUACACAAACUUAUUUCAGGCAUAGAAAAAAUAGACACAAAAAUAAAAUAAUUAUAUAAGUGAAUAUUAAAACUAUUUCAUAUGUAUCCAUAUAUGUCAAAUAAUAUUAUUUCAGAUGAUUUAUUCCAUUUUGUAUUAUUUACAUUCAUGUUAUUAUACGUAUCAGUUGAUUUAAUUAAAUUAUAU